CAGGCGGCAGGCACUGCGGCGGGUCUCUGGGGAGGCUGCCGGGACCCUCGCGUGCCCUCGCAGCUUUGCCCUUCCGGCGCCUUCUCCGCGCUCCCGCCGACUCCGGCUUUGACCGCGGGGGCGCGCGCCGCGUUGCCGUAGAAACGCCGGGGCCCUGGCCGGUGCGGGGGCGCGCGGGGCGGACGCUCGGGCUCCGGGCGGCGGCGGCAGCGGCUGGCGCCCUAACGCUCGCUCGGCCGGCACGGAGAACGUCGUUGGGCCCCAACCUGGGGUCCCCAGCCGUGCGUGAGGCAAGAUGUGGAGGCGCAGCUUAGAAAACCGGGAUGUCCAAACCAGACAACUGCAAGAUGCCGUCACAAAUGUGGAGAAGCAUUUUGGAGAGCUGUGCCAAAUCUUUGCUGCUUAUGUGCGGAAAACUGCCAGACUGCGAGACAAAGCAGACCUCCUGGUAAAUGAAAUCAACAUGUAUGCUUCUACAGAGACCCCAAAUUUAAAGCAGGGCCUGAAAAACUUUGCUGACGAGUUUGCCAAACUUCAGGAUUAUCGACAAGCAGAGGUUGAAAGACUUGAAGCCAAAGUAGUUGAACCUUUGAAAGCUUAUGGAGCCAUUGUAAAAAUGAAACGUGUUUUAUUGCCCAGAUCAACCAGAAACCACAUGAGUGGCUCUUUGGGGGCAGUUCCAGAACACCUCACUCCUGAGGGGACUGCCUUGAGCAGUGAUUUGGGGCUGCACCAAUUGCCUGAUCCUCCUUCCUUUGGACCAAAGGCAGAAACCGAACUACAGAGAGCUACAAUGGAUGCUACCCGAACAACUCGUCAUCUAGAGGAAACUAUUGACAAUUUUGAAAAGCAGAAAAUAAAGGAUAUAAAGACUGUAUUUUCAGAAUUUAUCACUAUCGAAAUGUUAUUUCAUGGCAAAGCUUUAGAGGUCUUCACUGCUGCCUAUCAAAAUAUACAAAAGAUUGAUGAAGAAGAAGAUUUAGAGGUUUUCCGAAAUUCUCUGUAUCCACCAGAUUAUUCAUCUCGUUUAGAUAUCGUAAGAGCAAAUUCAAAAUCACCUCUUCAGAGAUCACUGUCAGCCGCCAAGUGUGAAUCUGGAAUAGGACAGGUAUCCACCUGUCGACUAAGAAAGGAUCAUCAAGCAGAAGAUGAUGAUGAAGAGGAUGAAGACUUAGAUGUUACAGAAGAAAAUUAAUUUUCUUAAGUAAACUUCACAUUUCCAUUUUCAGCUUAAAUGAUCUGGAAUCCAGAAUUACUAAAUUCUAAAACAUUAUAUUGGCUUGAUACAUUAAACCUAUAAAUGAAAUCCCACUGAAAAUGGAAAAUAAUUAAAGGCAAUUUAUUCUGAGCAAAAAUGAAGGUGUUAAAAAAUACUACAAACCAGUCAUUUCAACAUCCUAUCUAGCAUUAUAUAAUCUUUUUGUAUAGGUUCCUUUUUUAAAAUUUAUGUUUCAAAAGUAUUUCAUGUUAAUGUACUAUGCCUAAUGGAGGUUACAAUAUAAUUAGGUGAGAAAGAAGAAAAAAAAUAGCAAUUCCAUUCAUGGUUAAGAUACAAUGUUUUAUCAGGAAAGGGUCCUAGAUAGUUCUGAUUAAAUAGAAAUUCUGUUCUACAAAGCCUUAAUCAAAAAAGCAAAGUUUUUUUCCUUUCCUUUUUUUUCCCCACUGUUAGUACAACUUUAAAUUUCAUUUGACAAAUAAAUUUACUUUUCAACAAGAGGGUAAUCACUCUUGAUUAAAGAUAAUGGAACACUAAGAUAUCACUUUUUUACAACUAUACAUAACACAUAAAUUUUAGCUUUAAAAAAAAAGCAACAUUCAACAUUAAGCCCAAUUCUGGUUUUAAAAUGAAAAUUCUGUCAUAAUAAAGCAUUAUACAUGGUACUACAAUUUUGGAAAGCUCUAAUUUGGAGGAAUGUUGCCUAAGAUGGGAAACCAUGAAUCAUUAACAGUUGUAUAGUAACUUUACCAAACUACCAUCUAAUUAUACUAGUAAGAGUAUAUAGUUACUUUUAUUUCUGAAAAUAUGGAACAAUCAGCCUUCAGUGUGUCUGAUACUUUUUUUAUGUGGGUGGGGAAUUGUACUUUUGUUAUUUCAUGGACCCCAGUCAGGCACAUAAAAAUUUCUAAAACUUAUAAAUUAAAGCAGUUAAUCAUAACAGAAAAAUAAAGACUUUCUACAAAACUU